CGUGUGGGCGCGUGCUGUCACCUACACCUGGAGAUGCUCGGGGAACAAUGUGAGCACGCGCUCGUUACUUUUACUGUAUUGUAUAGGACUAAAGUCGCGGACCUGUUUAGUCGGUUAGUUGGAAAUUAAAAAAGAAGGAAGGAGUUUUUGACGCUUUUUAGAAGACAGGAACACCAUGAAAACUGCGAAGGACGAUGGAGAGGUGACGGGGAUGACGGUAAAUCGGUUUAUAGAAGAGGCGCCUCCAUCUGGGAUGUCCAAGAAUGGAUACUUCUUUCAAGAAAUGGAGCAGCGGGAGGUGGAGCAAGAGGAGGGCAGCGAGUGCCGAGAGGAGGGACAGGAUUUACCGAUCGCCUGCGGAGAAGAUAUCCACCUGUAUGACAACCAGAUCAGCCCUGGGCCAGAUGCUGAUGACUCUGGUUGUGUGUUACUGAACACAUCAAGACGGUAUGUGAAGCUCAUGAACUUCGAGGAGGAGGUUCGGGCACAUCGGGACUUGGAUGGCUUCCUGGCGAGGGCUAGCAUAUUGUUGGAUGAAACAGCCGCCUCCUUGGAUGAUGUUCUCAAGAGAAUGUUGCACCACGUAGGCGAGGACAGCCAUGUGUCUGAGCCCGGGUGCAACUUUGAGGAGGUUAUGAGCAUGCUUUUCACAGAUGCAGGAGCUCAAGAGGUCAACGAGGAGUCUCAAAGUUUCGUUUUCUUUGAUGACGUUCAUCUGCUGUCUGAGACAAUCCAAGGCGUGACGGCAACAGCCACUGGGGUCCAAUACCAGCAGUCCUGGCUCUGCAUCCUCUGCAACGUCAAGCAUCUCCAGAGGCGUCAUGUGUGCAUCUCCCGUCUGGAAAGGCCGCAAAACUGGGGGGAGAACUGCUGCGAGGUCCGCUAUGUCAUCCUGAUACUGGCCCCAUCCAAAAUGAAAAGCACCAAGACAGCGAUGGAGCUGGGCAGGACAUUUGGCACCCUGUUCUCUGACAUCUCCUUCAGACAGAAGCUGUUGGAGACAAAGACGCAGGAGGAGUUCAAGGAGGCGCUGGUGUUCCAGAGGCACCAGCUGACAGCAGCCAACCAGCAGCCCAUUGCUCUGGGAAAGAAGGAGACGGUUCCCCGCAGUCAUAAACCUCUCAAGUGUAAAGAUUUCUUCAAAGCCGGCAGAGGGAUUUAUGAGGACUUGCGCCGCAGACUGCCUUUCUACCCUUCUGACUUCACAGAUGGUAUAGUUGGAAGUAAUAAAACCCUGCUGAAGUACAUGACCACAGCCAUCUUCCUCUACAUUGCCAUCCUCCUCCCUGCAAUUGCUUUCGGCUCCCUCAAUGAUGAGAGCACCCGUGGCGAAAUCGAUGUUCGGAAGACUAUCAUUGGCCAGAGCAUUGGUGGAGUCGUCUACUCAUUGUUCGCUGGCUCUCCUUUAGUUAUUCCUCUCACCACUGCUCCCCUCGCCAUCUUUAUCAGUGUGAUCCGAGGAAUCUGUGACGACUACAACUUGGAUUUCCCAGCUUUCUAUGCCUGCAUUGGUUUGUGGAAUUGCCUCUUUCUCAUCUUGGGAGGGAUCUUCAAUGUCAGUCUUCUGAUGAAGCUUUUUAAAAGAUCAACAGAAGAGGUCAUUGCCCUGUUCAUUUCCAUUGCAUUUGUAGUCGAUGCUGUUAAAGGAACAGUCAAAAUCUUUCAGAGGUACUACCAUUCAACAGCUCCGGAUAACAGGAGCAUAGAGUUUCCUCAGGGUGGAGACCUGCAGGGGGGAAACAGGACUGAGGUGAUGGUCGGGUCGGCGCUCAAUGCUCUGCCUGAAUCUUUCAUUCAGUGCUCUCGAGAAAGGCCUGUCCUUUGCCUCCUGCUGAUGCUCGGGACGUUAUGGAUGGGCUAUACCCUCUACCAAUUCAAAAGAAGUCCGUUCCUGCAUGCCAAAGUGAGAGAAGUGCUGUCGGACUGUGCCCUGCCGAUCUCAGUGCUGCUGUUCUCCUUCAUUGGCUCCUACAUUUUUAGCGACAUCAAGCUUCCAGUCUUCAGAGUUCGUGAUCGGCCUAUCUUCAUCGUGGCACCGUUUGAGCGGCUGUCUGCCAUGAACGUCAUCAGCGCCAUGGGACUUGGCUUCCUCCUGGCACUUCUCAUCUUCAUUGACCAGAAUAUUGUCGUUUCACUGACCAAUGCUCCAGAGAACAGGUUGCUCAAGGGUACAGCAUAUCACUGGGACCUGAUGCUCUCUGGCCUCAUUAACAUACUCAUGUCGGUGCUGGGGUUGCCCUGGAUGCACGCCGCCUUCCCCCACUCCACCCUUCAUGUGCGCCAGCUGGCUUUUGUAGAGCAACGAGUGGAGGGGGGGCACCUCUAUGAGACUAUUGUCCAGGUUAAGGAGACCCGUCUGACAUCUCUGGCUGCCAACAUCUUUAUUGGUGUAUCUGUUCUGCUGCUGCCCGUUCCGCUGCAAUGGAUCCCCAAACCCGUCCUGUACGGCCUCUUUCUCUACAUCGCCCUCACCUCCAUCGAUGGAAACCAGAUGUGUGACCGCAUGGCUCUCCUCCUGAAAGAGCAGACGUCUUACCCACCUACCCACUACAUCCGCAAAGUGCCCCAGAGGAAGAUCCACUACUUCACCUUCUUGCAGAUGAUGCAGCUGCUGGUGCUGUGCACAUUUGGCAUGUACCCAAUCCCGUACAUGAAAAUGAUCUUCCCUCUGGUUAUGAUCCUCCUAAUCCCAAUGAGGAACAACGUGCUUCCUCAUAUCAUUGAGGCCAAAUACCUGGACAUCAUGGAUGCCCAACACAUGUAGCUUCAGCAGGAUUCAAGCUCUGGAUCUUCAGAGUCCAUGGGAAGAAAAAAAAAUGAAAAAAGGAUAAAAAAAAAAAAAACAUAUUUUUUGAUGCAAAACAACAUGGACGCAAAUAGGAAAAAUACUGACUGUUUAGAAUUUUGUAUCCGAGAAGUACAUUCUAACAGGUGAAGCACUGGAAACAUGGGAAGUCAAGUGAGGAAGAGAGCUGAUAGAGAGAGUUUUGGUCAAUGUUUUCCCAAAGUGAACUGAAAUGUCUCUGUGAAAAAGCUCUCCAUGAAAACAAGUGAAAACUGACUGUUCCUGUUUCGCCUCUGUUUGACCAUGUCAGAUUGUGCAGUGCCAUACAAGUCUAUGUCCUUGU